AUAGUUGUGCUAUUUCUGUACAAGCUGUGUGUUUCCAGGAAGUGGUGAGGCUGCAGGUUUGAAACAUGAAAACAGACAUUUUGCAGCAGUGUGCACUGCAUAAGGCAGUGCUAGAAGACACCAUGUGACAGCACUCACUUCCUGUCUUGGGGAAGCUUUUUUUUCUUUCAAGAUUGCUGUCAGAUCAAUUGACAAGACGAAUGGCGAGCACUAGAAUAACGAACAUCCAUAAUGUCUCAAAGAAACCCGUGGUGCCCCCCCCUGCCCAGCACCCUGGGCAAGUCCAAAUGAGGAUUAACAGGUCAGCUAACCCUGGAGAGCGACUCAGCCAGACCAAGUCAAUGGUCAUCCCAGACCCUGCAGCUCCCCAGAAUCCUAUAUCUCGCCAUCGGAGGAAUCAGUCUCAACAUAACCUGGCUGACAUCAGUGUUGCUGGACUUCCUAAUUCCCUGAAAGGUGAAUAUCUGAACAAAGCCAAGAUAGCCGAUGGAGGAAAAAAACUGAGGAAGAACUGGACCUCCACGUGGGUUGUCCUAGAGGAUAAUCGGCUAUUUUUCUACAAGGAGAGCAAGCAGGAGGCACUGGCUAGUUUGAAACAGGGAUGCAAGCCGGAGAUGGUGGACCUCUGUGGGGCUCUCGUCGCCUGGACGACGGAGAAGUCGAGCCGGAAGCACGUCUUCCAGAUUACAACCAGCUGUGGACAAGAGUUCCUGCUCCAGGGUGACAAUUAUCCAACAAUAUGCAAAUGGCACGAUGCCAUUAAGAAAACAGCUGAAGCACUGUCAAAGGUACCAGGAGGGAAAACCACUCUCCGGAAAUCGAACAGCACUGAAUUCCUGUUCAGACGUGUAGAGUCUCCCGUUACGAAGGAAGCUCGUCCAGAAAAUCGGAGGUCGCUCAUUUUCAAGCUCAACUACAGUGCCUCAGACAGCGCUGAUAAGAGCGGGGUGAAGAGCAAACUCAAGAAGUUCAUUUCGAGGCGUCCAUCAAUGAAGACGCUGCAGGAGAAAGGUCUCAUCAAAGAUCGAGUGUUCGGCUGCCACUUGAUAACUCUCUGCCAACGGGAGGGCACCAACGUGCCCAGCUUUGUCAGGCUCUGCAUAGAGGCUGUGGAGAGGCGAGGUCUUGAAACCGAUGGUAUAUACCGAGUCAGUGGGAAUCUGGCCAGCAUCCAGAAGUUACGAUUCUUGAUUGAUGAAGAAGAGCCACUGAAUUUGGACGACAGCCAGUGGGAGGACAUCCACGUCGUCACCGGAGCACUCAAGAUGUUUUUCCGGGAGCUUCCGGAACCGCUCCUGCCGUACCGCUUCUUCGAGUCCUUCGUGGAGGCGAUCAAGUCCCGAGAAUACAGAGAGCGUGUGCAGGCCGUCAAGAAGCUGGUGAAGCAGCUGCCAAGGCCCAACCACGACACAAUGGAGGCGCUCUUCAGACACUUCCAAAGGAUUUUGACCAAGUCAUCGAAGAAUCUGAUGUCCACUCAGGGAAUAGGUAUCGUGUUUGGACCGACACUCCUCUGGCCUGAACUGGACCACGGCAACAUGGCUGUGAACAUGGUGUACCAGAACCAGAUAGUGGAGCUGACCAUCUCAGAAUGCUCCGAGAUCUUUGGGCCUGAGGUGAAAUAAGCGGGGGAGACGGGGAUUAUAGGGAGCAGGGCUGAUCCACAAAGUGUCGCAAACGGAGUUUCCGUCAGGCAAAUCCUGUCACCAGGCCUUGAAAUGCAGUUAUAAACGUGCCUUUAGGGCACCUCUUCCUCACAUGUGGCCUGACAGCUUGGACACAUUAGAUGUUCCGGCACUUUCCAUGUUUGUGUAUCAGAAUACAAAAGAAAUGGGGAAAAUUUGAAAAUUCAGUAAAGCAAAGAUAUUAAGACAAAUAAAAUGGAUUGAUGAUGACAUUCUGUGAUUGCAGAUAAUAUUCUGCGUCUGACAAGUACACCGUGUUUCGCUGAGAGCUGAUGCUAACACUUUACUUAAGGUCAUGUUUUUAGUUAUAUAGAAACACAUUCAUGAUGCAUUAUAAUGCAUUCAAAAGGCAUAAACAUGACUAGUAAUAUUUAUCAAAAGGCAUGACACAUUAUAGCCACAUGGAUUAUGCAUAAUGAAUGCUUUAUAAAGCUUUAAUCUAUAAUGCACUAUAGAUACCUUUAUACUGUAUUACAAUGGUUGGUAUAAGCAUUAUAGAUGCUUUGUAGUGCAUUAUAAAGGUAUAUAUACUGCAUUUAGAUGAGAGCUUCAUAAAGCAUUCAUAAUGCAUAAUAAACAUGGCUAUAAUGUGUUAUGCCUUUUUAUAAAUGCUUAAAGCCAUGUUUAUAAUGCAUUAUGUAUGUGUUUAUAUAUUAAUAUAUUACUAAAAACAUGGCCUUAACUAAAGUGUUGCAGAUCUGGUUUUGUUAUUACUGUUAGAAAUCUUAGUGUAAAUAUGACAAUAAUAAAUAUUUGAUGCACCACAACUUUAUACAUGCAGAUAAUGUAGUUCAUUAUCAGUACAUGUAAUGUAUAAAUCAGGUUGUGAUGCUACCAUGUUACAAUAAAUAUUGUUUGUCAUAAGUUUUUCUUGGAAUCUGUAAUAACUGUGUAAAAUAAUUUGGCAUUAUAAAAUAUUUCGCUUCAUAGUGGAUACGUUAAAUACAUUAUUACUUUCUCUUCUUUUAUUUUCCCUCUGUAAACUGCUUACCUGUAAAAUCUUGAUUUUACUAGUAGCUGAAUGGACUUUUUAAAGCUUAGUAAAGCAUGAACACCUCAAAAAUAAAUAACCAAAGCGAU